CAGGAUGCUCAACAGACUUUCUUCAGACUCCACUGUUCUGGCUCUGCAGCCUGAGGAGGGGUGCGCACACCUCAACGACCCAGACACGCAACCCCUGCCAGAUGUUGGGGGUGGCUACCCAGAGGCAUGCCCCGCACCCAGAACCCCUGUCCCCAACUGGUGCUGCUGUUGCUGCUAUUUCUGCCAAAGGCACCCUCUGCCCAAGUGACGGACUUACUGUUUGAGAAGUGGAAGCUCUACGGUGACCAGUGCCACCAGAACCUGAGCCAGCUGCCCCCACCUACCGAGCUAGUUUGUAAUAGAACUUUCGACAAGUACUCCUGCUGGCCUGACACCCCUCCCAACACCACAGCCAACAUUUCCUGCCCCUGGUACCUACCUUGGUACCACAAAGUGCAGCACCGCCUAGUGUUCAAGAGGUGUGGGCCUGAUGGGCAGUGGCUGCGAGGGCCACGGGGCCAGCCGUGGCGAGACGCUUCCCAGUGUCAGAUCGAUGACGAAGAGAUCGAGGUCCAGAAGGAGGUGGCCAAGAUGUACAGCAGCUACCAGGUGAUGUACACCGUAGGCUAUAGUCUGUCUCUGGGGGCCUUGCUCCUUGCCCUGGUCAUCCUGCUGGGCCUCAGGAAGCUGCACUGCACCCGCAACUACGUCCACGGGAACCUCUUUGCGUCCUUUGUGCUGAAGGCUGGCUCUGUGUUGGUCAUUGAUUGGCUGCUCAAGACACGAUACAGCCAGAAGAUUGGAGAUGACCUCAGCGUGAGCAUCUGGCUCAGUGAUGGGGCGGUGGCUGGCUGCCGAGCGGCCACAGUGGUCAUGCAGUACGGCAUUGUAGCCAACUACUGCUGGCUGCUGGUGGAGGGUGUGCACCUGUACAGCCUGCUGAGCCUUGCCGCCUUUUCCGAGAAGAGCUGCUUCUCCCUCUACCUGGGCAUCGGCUGGGGUGCGCCCCUGCUGUUUGUCGUCCCCUGGGUGGUGGUCAGGUGUCUGUUUGAAAACGUCCAGUGCUGGACCAGCAAUGACAACAUGGGUUUCUGGUGGAUCCUGCGCUUGCCCGUCUUCCUGGCCAUACUGAUCAAUUUUUUCAUCUUUGUCCGUAUUGUUCAUCUUCUUGUGGCCAAGCUGCGCGCCCACGAGAUGCGCUAUGCCGACAACAAGUUCCGGCUAGCCAGGUCCACGCUGACCCUCAUCCCUCUGCUGGGGGUCCACGAGGUCGUCUUUGCCUUUGUGACUGACGAGCACGCCCAGGGCACCCUGCGCUCCACCAAGCUCUUUUUCGACCUCUUCCUCAGUUCCUUCCAGGGUCUUCUGGUGGCUGUUCUCUACUGCUUCCUCAACAAGGAGGUGCAGGCGGAGCUGCUGCGGCGCUGGAGGCAAUGGCGGGAAGGCAAAGCCCUUCGGGCAGAGCGCAUGGCCAGCAGCCACGGGAGCCGGGCGGCCCCAGCAGGGCCCAGUCACAGCGACCCCUGUGAGAAGCUUCAGCUUGUGGGCACAGGCAGCAGCAACGGGACCGGCCAUGAGCCUGCUGUGGAGAGCUCCGUGGCCAGCAGUCUCCCAGGGCUGGCCGACUCUCCGCUGCCGCCCAGCCAGGCUGGAUUCAGAGAGGACCUCACAGGACAGCCCAGAACUAGAAGCCUGGCCAAGGCUGAAGACCAAACAGCGUGACAGCAGCGGUCCACACUCCCCUAGCCUGUCCCAGCCCUGGCACAGGCCACACUGAUGGAGUGGGGUGUCCCGUGGGAUGCAGAAACCAUGCUCUGAGCUGUCGGGGUCCCCGUGUGUUGACGUGUCCCAUGUGCACGGAUCUUUGUCCUUCAGUAAAGAGCUCACUUAGUGGCUGCUG